CAUUGACCCGUCUGCUCUCCAUUUUCAUAUAACGACGUCCAUUGAAAAUCCGGGGUCGGUAGUUUGUUUUAUAAAUUGUGGUAGUGUAAUUUUUGCAACAUUUGCAGUCAAAAGUAGUUAAAUCACUUUCGGAGAAAUACGUGGUGUGUAUUUUGUGUUGUGUAACAAGUUAGUGAGUGUAGAAAAUGGUGUUUAUUGACAAAUGGAUGUGUAAAUGAGGUAGGUGGCCAUCAUCUAGGGAAUCGGGUCUCCGCCUUUUAAGUUUUUCACUUAAUUCGUGGAAAUAGAACCUUGGUUCUGGUAGAUUGGUGAAAAGAAGGGUUGGUAGGUGCUACUUGAAGCCCUGGAAGGCAUUAAAGUCAAAACCAUGGGCAAUGCCGCUACGGCCAACAAAAAAGGCGAUUCAGCAGAAAGUGUAAAGGAGUUUUUAGAUCAAGCCAAGGAAGAGUUUGAGGAGAAAUGGAAGAAAAACCCAACCAACACAGCUAGCCUAGAUGACUUUGAUAGAAUAAAAACUCUAGGCACUGGUUCAUUUGGAAGAGUUAUGAUAGUUCAACAUAAACCAACCAAAGAAUAUUAUGCAAUGAAAAUAUUAGACAAACAAAAAGUCGUUAAACUGAAACAAGUAGAGCACACACUAAAUGAAAAAAGAAUUCUUCAAGCGAUAAGUUUUCCUUUCUUGGUAAGUCUGAAAUUUCAUUUCAAAGACAAUUCAAACUUGUAUAUGGUUUUGGAAUAUGUUCCUGGGGGAGAAAUGUUUUCUCACUUACGUAAAGUCGGCCGAUUCAGUGAACCUCACUCCCGAUUUUAUGCAGCACAGAUUGUGCUUGCCUUUGAGUAUCUUCACUACCUAGACCUCAUAUACAGAGACUUGAAACCUGAAAAUCUCCUCAUAGAUUCUCAAGGUUACUUAAAGGUAACAGAUUUUGGCUUCGCCAAAAGGGUCAAAGGGCGAACCUGGACCCUCUGUGGAACUCCUGAAUACUUGGCUCCAGAAAUCAUCCUUAGCAAAGGUUACAACAAAGCUGUUGAUUGGUGGGCACUGGGUGUCUUAGUUUAUGAAAUGGCAGCUGGAUAUCCUCCAUUCUUUGCUGAUCAACCCAUUCAGAUCUAUGAGAAGAUUGUUUCAGGGAAAGUACGUUUUCCAUCACAUUUUGGCUCAGACCUGAAAGAUCUUCUACGCAACUUGCUGCAAGUCGAUCUCACCAAAAGGUAUGGUAACUUGAAGAACGGUGUAAAUGACAUAAAAGGGCAUAAGUGGUUUGCAUUAACAGAUUGGAUCGCGGUGUUUCAAAAGAAGAUUGAAGCUCCCUUCAUCCCAAGGUGCAAAGGGCCAGGGGACACAAGUAAUUUUGAUGACUACGAAGAAGAAGCUCUACGAAUCUCCUCUACUGAAAAAUGUGCCAAGGAAUUUGCAGAGUUUUGAGUUUCUGAAUUGAAACCAAGCUGUUUUCAUGGACCAAUGCAGGACUGGAUGAGUGCUGAUCCCACAUCUCGAACGUAUUAAGUAAUCUAUCUUUAUACUCAUGACACACUUAAUUUUCAUUCACUCUAUAUUUCAAGUACCUACGAUAUCAUAUCACAUCUCUAUUUAAAAAAAAAAUUGGCAGGCAUAUAGAACCGUAAUCAUUAAGUUCCAAAUUAAUUUAUUAUAGCUUUAAUAACAUCUUUGUUACCGUACCAUAAUUUGUUCCUCCUUUCUCAGAUACAAUUGAUAUUCUAAUUCCCUCAGAAUAUGAUAAGUAACAAUAGGUAUGCAUUCAAAUGUAUUCAUCAUUCAUAGUUUUAAUAUUCAUGUGUCAUUAAUUGCACUUAAAGGUUACCAAACAAAUUUGAAUUUCUUAGGCUAAAAUGCAGAUUGCCUACUUCAAAAUCAGUGUAUAGUUAAUUGGUAAAACUUAUAACUUGUGAAACCACUUAGCCGUAACUCUUAAGGCCAUGUAAUGAAUUGAUUAGUUUUUUUUUUUUAAUUUGAAUUUGUUAUAGCCCAGCAACAAAAAGUUUACCUACAAAUCAAUCCACCCGUGAAUGUCAUUUUACUUUGUGUGACAGUUUGUAGGUGUCACUCAACUUUUUUAGGACCAGCUAGUUAUUUUCAAGAUGCCACACUGGUUUCAAAAUGGUAUCCUAGACCCACCUAAACAUGCAUGCAUUGCCAAAUCUGAGCAUCAAAUUAACGUAACGUAAAAAAUAUGAGAAAAAAAUUGGAACAUUAAAUAUAAAAGACUAAAUUCAUGAUACCCAGAAUUUGUAAACUUUUGUGUGUGUGGGCAUAGGAAAUUAAAAACUCACAUCAUGCACAGGCCUAAAACAGAACAUUUUCGAAUGUUCAACAUGAAUAACUUAUGAAUUCUAUAAUAAUAAUGACUGAACAUUAUCAGCUUAAAGUAAACAUAUUGAAUUAAGUCUAUAGACAUAGCACAUAGAUUGAUAUUUCGAACAGUACAGCCAAUAUCAUAAUUUUAUUUGAAAACAUCUAAAUUGUAAUAACAUGAUGACUCUACAGGAAAUACAAGUAAUUUGGACAGUUCGUCUUAUGUGAUAUAAAAUAAUGUACUGUUUCUUCACAAUGUCUGUAAAGCAAAUAUAUAUUAACUUUAUUGGUGGUACCUGAAUCAUAUUAGUUGCGGACUUUGAUUUUUGUACUAGACUAAAUAUCAAGUUCAAAAUUCUUCAAAAAAUAACAAAUACACGACUUUUCAAACUACAUCAUAGGGUCAACACAUCUGUCUUAGAAACGAAACCCACAGAACUUCGCUCACCAGGAGAUUUUAGGCUAUGCUCAUUGCUUUAAUAUAUAUAUGUUGGAUCCAUAAAUUUUGUUCCACGCUCAAAAUUAUUUAAAAUGUACAGUUAUUUAUUCAGAAAACCAUAAUUUAUUGAAAUAGAACAACGUUCAAAUAAAGUUUUAUUUUAAAGUUCCUUUAUUGGGAGGGCUAGAGGUUCUUAAUCCAAACGUGAUGAAAAUAAACUGUCAGUAAAUUAUAUUGUGGUCCUCAAAGUUGUUAGGCCUGUCAAAAUUGUAUUUAUGACUCUUUCAGUGUGAGUUGGGUGGCUUAGUUAGAAGUGGGGAAAUUCACAAAUGUCUCAUUAUGCAAAUAUAUUUGCAUAGUUAGUUGUGUUAACUCCUGUUGAUAACCUCAAUGUUUUUGAUAAUUUGAAGCCAUUAAUAUUGAAGUUCGCCUUUUGUGUGUGUUUGAGGGGGUUACAGGAUUCAAAUAAAGAAAUUACUAUUUAUUCUUAUAUGCUACUCAACGGAUGUAAAUGUUAGCUUACCAGAUUCUGAAAAUAGUUAAUAUAAGUUUCAUACUCCAAUCAAGAACCAUUAUCUUUUUACCAACUGUAAAAAUAUUAUUGUUUCUCGAAAUUCUAUGAGAAUACAUAUAUUAUAUAAAUUUGUGAUGGCUUAAUCAUCCCAUCUGCUCAUACAUUAACUUCCAUACUGACAAGCCUAUUUUUGCUGUUUUGCAAGGUUUUUUCUAAACUAUUUAAAAAGUACAUAUAGUUUAUUCAAAGGUACGCUUUUUAUAUAGCCUACAUUCUUUUGCAGAUGUUUAUUCUUACUUGAAUAAAGAUUGAAACGAUGAAGUAAAACACAACAUCUUGAAGAUUCAAUAGUUACAAAUUAAGUGGAAAAACACCCACAAGAUGUAAAAUCAUACAAAAACUAACAAUUCAUAGACACAUUAUUUAUUACCAUACACACUUCUAGGCUACUAUCGAAGUUUUCCUGUUUAAUCCAAAAAAUUACUUGAACACUUUUAUUGUCUAAAAAAAAUCAACUAGAUUUUUGUCGCUAUUCAACUGAUUUUCAUACUUCUAAAGAAAACCUCUUGACUUUAAUAAAAAACCACAUAUUUAGAGAGAGCUGCUCUUCUCAGUGAGCAGAAUAGAUUCAAUCUCGUCAUAAGAAAACUCCUUUGGUAUUAUACUUGGAAAUUAGGUAUUUUUACCGUUCUCGUAACUUUUUGGCUGGCAUUAACUAUUUAACUACUUUAUAAGUUUGCUCAAGUAAUCAGGUUUGUAUUGGAAAUUUCAGUACCUAUUUGGGAUAGCGAAGUUAAGUGGGAAUAGAAAGCCCAUUUAAAUGUGGUUAAAUAUAUCAUAGAUCAGCAGAGAUGACACAGAAACUAGAUAUGAGUCAAUGGGCAGUGUGAGGAACUAAAAAUGAGUUACUGGCCAUUACAAGGGUAAAGAUGUAUCCUUGAUUGCUUAGGCCAUUAUUAGCCAUGGACAACUAGUUGUGCACAAUUUACUGUCAGUGUGAUAACUAGUUGACUAGUAAAAUGUAGUCUAGUCAACCAGCGCUAAUUCACUUAAUCAUCUUAGUCAGAAAGAUUGCAUUGAGUGGUACAGAGUUCCUGCUUCUUUUCUUCAUAAAAAGGUUUAAAAAACACUCUGUUACUAUCUACCCUUGGCACAAGACUAUAGGCUACACAAUAUUUGAUGACCUUUUGGUAAUAAAAAUAAUUUUUUUAAUUACUUACCAUUUCAAAACCUGUAUUUGACAAGUUAUUGUUAUUUUUCUACACAGGAUUAUAAUGAUAAUUACAGUGUGUCCAUUUUAACUGUACCACCGUUAGUUUUUCAACAACAAUUAAAUUGACAGUUCAAUGUAUACAAAAGGGCAGUUACUUAAAGUUAGAAAUGUGAGCUUCUUAAAAGUAGCUUUCAUGCUAUUCUUUUUAUUACUUACACUAAUAAAACCUCGACAAACAACUCUAAAUAACUUAUAAGGAACAAUAUAAGCCCCCAUUUUGUAUUGAUUGAAUUGUUUUACGUCAGAUUUAGGUCAUUGUGUUUUAAUAAUAGAUACCUUUAUUUUAUGGUACUACUUGGCCUAUUAUCUCAUUUCAGAUUUUCUUCUGAAUCCUUGUGGGCUGUCUCCUGAUAUAGUGAAAAAUAAGAUAUUUGUAUAAAAAGUUUAUAUAUUGAUGUAUAUAAUUUUAAUACAAUAUCUGCAAUGGUUAAAAAAAUAAGGCCUUCCCACAAAAACUGACUUGGUUGUCUGCUCUGUUGGAAUUUAUUUUAGUGACAUUUAAUUAUUAUACUCAUGUUGGAAAUUUAAUAAUUAUACUAAGGUUUUAUGACCGAAUCUGGACAUUAUACUAAUAGUCCUUAUAACAAAACAUCAUUCGCUUUUUUAUUAGGUUUUAAAUUACUCACUUAACUGUUAUCAAACAUACCCUUUUUAAAAUUUCAAAGACCAGUUGAAUAGAAUAGUUUUAACAUGUUUGUUUAUAUUAAAAUUUCAAGAGAAUUUUUUAAAUUUAUAAAUUUAAAAUCAUACUUUUUAUAAGUUUUGCAAUUUUGAGAUACCAAUGGCGGUACAGUCACAAUGGAUACCCUGCAUAAUAACUUAAAUGUAUUAUCAAACUAUACAUUGUAAAAAUUAUAAUACGACUAGCCAAGUUAACGCACAGGUACACAGAACAAGAACAGGGGAUUGAACUUAAAAAUGUUUAUUUUAACCGCUCUAGCCUACUGUUCAUACACACACCAACAUUGUUGUACAACAGUGCCACCGCUAGUGAUAUCUGGCUAAUAGGCUACAGAUAGGUGUACUGCAAUGCCUCCGGACCCAGCUCAGGGUUGAUGGAGUUGAGUCCGCAAAGAGUUGAUGGACUGUUGCAAGGUCUGAACACCGUUGACACUGGUGGUACUACUAGUUGUCCACAGCUAAUAGUGUUCUUGAAGUGACUAAAAUGAGCCAGUACAGAAUCUAACACUGUUCUAGUUUUUAUGUGAGAAUAAGUUGUAUUAUUUAUCUUUUCAAAACAUUUAAUAAGGUCAAAUAAAUUAUUGUAUAAGGAAACAAAAAUUGAAAAAUUAUUAUGAUGAAAGGUUUUGGAUUAAAGUUGUAAAUGUACAGAAAUGUUUAAUUUGGGAAUUUAUAGGGAAUGUAAAAAAUAAGCCUACUUUCACUAUUAAUAUACUAAUAAAACAGAAGACACAAAUGAGAUUUUUUGCACAUGUGACUUUAAUAAGGGCCUAGAAGCCUUGGUGUCGUGUAAUAUCUGGAUUCAACGGAAUAACCACAUUCUGUCAGAGGUUUUGCUUGUAAUAUAUAGAGGGUAUAUACGUGUGUGCUGUAAAGUUGAUCACAUCUUCCACAAAAAGAACUUUCUUAUUAUUGAUUCUGUUUAAAAGUAGAUUAAAGUCAAAACUAUAAUCAUUGUAAGCCAAUAAAUAUGACAACCGAUUGCCUGUCUGAUUAGUAAUUAUUGAACAGGAAGUAUUUUGUGUGUGGACUCAUUAACCUAAUGUAGAUUUGUACUUCUGCAAAUGCUUUGGUUACAGGUUGCAGAGUAGUGUUUCUAUGAUGGAUGCGGAUUAGUCAAUGUUAGAUCACCAUAGCAAUGCAAAUAAUAUCUGACAACAUAUUAUUUAUUCAAAACAGCAAUUGAAACAUGUGCAGAACAGAGUGUUACUCUAAGUUAGUCAAUGUACCUCUGAUCACAGUUCUGUCCUAUUUGGUCUUGAUUUCAGAAUUUGAUUUAUUAUUCAUUAUUUCAAAGCCAUAAUUACUUACAGAAGUCAUCAAUUGGAAAGUUAUCUGUUCAUGCUGCAACCUAUAUCGAUAAGUAGUAUAUAAGAACCUAUAGAGGAUACAUUAAUAAUAUUUUAUUCCAUAAUGUAAAAACAAUGUAGAUUUUAUAAGUACUAAUGAGACCAGUGAAAUAUUGAAUAUAAUAAAUCUAUAUUAAGAUAAAAAGGUGUCUAAAUUGUUUGGAAUGCAAAUAUUAGGUUGAUCCCUAAUUGACAUGUCACUUUAUAAAUAAGAAUCUAAUCGUAUCUAUUGUAAUAGAAAAUUAUUAUAUAAUCUGUUGACAAUCUUAACAUUAAUUUGAUUUUUAAAUUGCUGUGUUUCAUAGCCUCUAUAUGUAUGAAUUGCUACAUUGGAACAUUAUUCUUACUUAAAAGUCGAACUAGGGGGGGUGUCAAAAUUCAUUGAAACACUUAGUUCAAAUUAGUUGAGCAACAUUUCAUAUUGUAUAAAGAUUUUUCAGCAUUUAUUAACACUUCUCCACCUGCAGCAUAUGGUUCAGAUACAAAACAAGAAUUAUGAACCAUACAUACAUGAUUAAACAGUUACUUUGACCUCUAAAGACUUGAGAUUUAUAAUGAUUUAUAAAUUAGAAAUCGUGAUCUAGGUUUAAUUCAUAUAUAUGCUUAAUGCAAAAUUCUUGGAGUUAAGAGCUUGAACUUAUUCAAGUAGUAAAUUAUUGAUGUAGAGCCUAUCUAUUUUGACUAAAGCAAAUUGUAAAACUCUAUUUAAUAUUAAUGUAUGGGCCAAACAUGUGUGGCAUCUUAAACAUUGAACUAUCAAUGAUUGAGACAAUUUUAUUUAAGAUUUGUUUGACUGAAAGUUUUAAAUAAAACCCUUAUUUUAAGGAUUUGGAAGUUAUAUGAAAGUUGUCUUAUAAAAAAGAAAUCCCUAUUAAAGACCUAUUUUCUUUUUAUUUUGAAAAUUUAUAAUAUUUGGAAUUGUAUGUUUUAAAUUUAUAAAACAGCCUUUUGCAGUAAUGCUAUAAUCAAUAAAACAUAUUACUUGCUGUACAAAAAUUCAUAAAUGGAAAAUAUUACGGUUAUUCUAUAAACCCCCUUCCCUUAUUUCUCAUCAGUUAUCAUAUAGAUAACUUCCCAAAUGACCCUUGAUCAUUCAGGUUAUUACAUGUUACAUAAUUUUGAUUUGCAUAACGGCAUUUUUGAAUUAUAGGUAGUUAAACUUGUUCUAUAAAAUGCAAACAUGAAACUGAUGUGUUAGUAGCUCUUUUAAAUCCAAUUAAAUGUUUAAAAAAGUAAAGUGCAAUGUAACCUGCAUUGGUUAUCCCAUUAACAAGUAGACCACUCGCUCGAUUUAUUGAAUAUUGUAACAUUUAAACAAGAGUAAUUUUGAUUGAAAAAAAACAUAUGGCCGCAAAAUUAUAUCAAAAUUGUAUGUGACAUCACAUUCUGUAUUAUGGUAUCUCAUUAAUUUGUUACAGAAAUCUGUUGAUAUGUUAUUGAGAUUAUGUUAAAUACCUUAUAAUCUUUAGUUGUGCAAAAUUUUAUUUCAAACGUUUAAUGAGAUUUUGGCUUUGUGGAAGUUUUUUAAGAAGUAUUUAUAAGAUUAAAACACCAGCCAUUAACUGAUUACAAUCACCUGAUCUUCGUUAAAUAAAUAUUUUAGAUAGUUAACUUCAAACUUACUUCCACAUUAGUAUGUUGAAAGAGAGACAUUCGAAAUAUAUACAUAUAGUGUCAAGCUUGUAAAGGAAAAUAUUAGCUUUAUUACAUAACAACCAUACUUCAAGUUUGACAUUCUUCUCUAUUACCGAGUUAACUAUAAGUAGUAUGUCUCAAAAAUGUAUUUUGUACCAAUUUAACAACCUGAUACAGUACAGUAUAGUUUAAUUAUUUAUACCUCACAUUUUAUUUGACUGAAGAGCAGGGUGUGAUCACUGUGAUCAAAAAUAUUAAAACCAGUGACAGUUUAAAUGUUAUUGGUGUACUAACUAUUAUUUUGUGAUAAGUGCGUAACAAGGAUGUACAUACACGUUCUAAUCUGUAAUGGAUUACAUCAUAUUCUGUGUGUCAACAUUGCUCUUGUCAACAAGCCCACACUACUUGAGUAUUGUAAUAUAACAUAUUGUACGCUUCGUUAGUAUUUAUACCAUAAGUAGUGGGCGGCUUGUUGACACCGGUUUAAAGUUAAUUGUUGUUUAAGUUUGCAGAGUUUAUUGGUUGUAAUUAUUUUAUUUUUGUUAGAUAGUUAUGUUUGAAGAAAUGUGUUUAUAGUGAUAAAUCAAAUCCAAUGAAUUAUUUAUAGAGUAAUUAUUUAUAGUUUAUAGUAGUUUAGAUUAGUUAGUGUUGCAGCGCCAAUUCUCUUAAAUAUACAUGAAGAUUUAUUAUAUAUGGUAUAUAUAUUGUUUCUACAACCUGUUUUUAAUAUGAAUGCUAUAAAUUCAAAGUGUGUAUUAUACAUUUUGUAUUAAACUAACAAAAUAUUCACUUUUUAAAAGUGAAAAUUGUACUUUUAUUUUGUUUAAGGUCAUAAAAUUGUUUGUUUUUAUAUGCCCCGUUUAAUAGAUCAUUAUGUAAAAGAAUUCACUUUGUUUUGCUCAGGCUCAAGACUAUUAUUGCUGUCUAAUUAAACAAAAUUGUAAAACAAUAAAAUAAGGGCAUAUCAGAGACAUCACAGAUAUAGCUGUAUUCAGUUAUACUAUCAAUCAAUCACAUGAAAAUCAUGGACUUAGUGAAAGUAAACUUUAAAGUUUCUUUAUAGUUAGUUUUGAGUAUUGUGUAAAUAGAAUAUAAAUAAGAAUGUAAAAUUAUAGGGUACUUAAGAGUCCUUGGGCCACUAAUUUUUUGUUCAAAUUUAGUUGCUUGGGUGAGAGUUUUUGGGUUGCCUUUAGAUAUAAGUUACCUUACAUACAAACAGUACCUAUUUGCUUUUCAACAAUGUAUUUUUAGUAAGUACAUUUUUGAGAAAAUUAAUAAUGCAAAUUUUUUUUGUUUGCAUAAAGGCUACAAGUAAAAGCCAAAGCAUUUACCUUAGAAUUAAAUUUAACAACAAUGCACAACCCACUAAAAAUAAAGAUUUAAAAUGAGACUACAUUUAUCUGUCCUGAACUGUGCAUUCUGAGAAUCAGUUCUCUAAAGAACUGUUAACUCUUCAUGAAACUUUCUUAGUAAUAUUUUAAUUCAUAACAAUAGUUAUACUCUGGCCAUGAAUGUUGUAACAUGUUCCCUGUAUUAUGAAUAUUGCUAAAGCUGAUGUGUGUAUAUGAUACAAUCAUUCGGCAGUAAGCAAAACUAUAAAAACAACAAAUAAUAACUUCGUUAAAAAAAUUGCUGUUUACAGCAUUUUAUGUGGGUAAUUACCAAGAGUUACAAAGUAUAAUAAUUUAAUAUAAAAUGUUAUGAUAGACAUUAUAUAUGGUACUGUAAUUGAUGUCUCAGAAUAUAAACAAAGUACGUACUUUAAAGACCUUAUUACAAUGACUUAGAUGGAAGAAUCACAAAUUUUUUAAUAUUUCAAAUAGCGUUCAAUUGAAAAUAUACACAUUAAGCAUACAUGCAGCAUUCUUAUUACAAAAUAUUUUUGUGUUUAACAAAACAAAAUCUUUGAAGUAAAUUCUACAAUUUAGUUAGUAUUCUUAACUUUUAUUUACAGUUAGCAGGUUUAUUAGAAAUUAAAGCAAAUUGAGUUUUUUUAAUAUAUUUUGAAAGCCAUUUUAUUUAUUAAGAUAUAACAUUUAUUUAGUUGGAAAUACAGUUCUAUUUUGCAUUUUUUCUUUAACCUUUAGAUUUUGUAAUGUACUUUUUGUGGAGUACAAUAACUUUAUUCCUAUAUAAAUGUAUUUUUUUCAUGCAGUCCUUUUUUAUAAGCCUCAAAUCAAUAAGUUAUUCAAGACAAUUCUAAAGCACUUAGCCAAAAAAAUUGUCCAACCUGUAUUGUUUGCAUGCCUAUGUAAUCAUAAAAGAUAUGAUAUAGAUUUAUAAAAGAGUCAGUUGUCUUUAAUCAUUGAAGAGGUUGAAAUCACACAAUUUAAAUCUUAAUUUAGAUUAAAAUGUUAUUAAAUUAUAUUUAUACUUAAAUCUGUACAUGAGUAUUUUUUUUUGAAGAUUAAUGAUAAUUUUAUUUGGACAAAAUGUUUGGUGUUUUUGUUAUGUUAAUAACUAAUCAGUAUUUGGUUUUGUUAAAGAAGAAAUAUAUUUAAGUCUGUUUAGUUAUUAAUUUAUUCUUCAAACAUAGUAUUGUCUGUAUUUAACCAUUGUAUGAAUUUUUCUAUUAGUUAUCAUAACUGGAUAUCUGAUACUACAUUUUUUACCUCAAGGUCUCAAGUUUUAAGCAUUUUACAGAUGUUGAGAUUAUGUAUUACCUUGGGCAACUCCUAAAUGCAUUAUUUUGUCUUGUAAUGUUAAAAACUGCAAAUUAAAUUGCAAAUCUUUUGGACAUUAGGUGUUCAUAAAAUAAUGAUUUCAAUUAAAAAAAUGUUGUUAUAUAUGUUGUUAUUUUAGUUUUGUCAAAUUGUUAAUUUAUAUACUGAUACUUUUUUAUUGUUAUCCUUCAAAAAUUAUGAACUAAAAUUAAAAUGAAUUUCCACAUUUUGUCGAUAUUGCAUAAAUAUAUUGAAAAUUGUGUUUUUGCAAAAUUAUGUGCGUGCACUUUCCUUUCAAUGAAAAAGUUUAAAUUGAUAUAAAGACAGACACUGCCACAUAUACAUAAGGGUAACUACCACUUACAAAAACCUAAUUUGGUUUAGUUUUCUUCACAAAAUAUAAUGCCAUUAUACGAUAGUACAAAUGGUUUUAUCUACUAAUGAUAAAAGAUAGUUUUCUUCUGGACCAAGUACUAUAAUAAUUUUGCAAAUUAAUAUUUCAAUAGUAUCAAAAGUGUGAUUCUUCUGUUUGUAAUAAUGUUUCAAUAAAAUACAAUUGAUUUUUUAUUAUUGUUAUUAUACAUUUCUCUUUUAGUCUCCUUUUGAUACUAUUAGUAAUACAAUGGACAUUUAUAUUACACUGCAUAAAAUAAAAGAGCUGGUCUAAAAGCAUAAAUAAAUAUUGGUAUUGUAAUUAAUUUACAGUGGUAGACAUUAUUUUUGGAAUUGUUAGUGUUUUGGGUGUAUGUAUAGUUUUGUUCUAAAAAUAAGGGUGUGUAAGAAAGCUUUUAGUAUUAUUGUAACUAAACAUUUGGUUUAUUGUGCCUAAUUAAAAGAAGCAUGAUACUAAAACAAAAUUUUGACAUGAAUUUACUCACAAUUAUUAAAUAAAUAAAUUAAUCAAAGAAAUUUAAGGAGGAAUUUACAAAUUUUUUAAACAACAUGUUAAAUGUUACAUGUUUCUAAAAUGAAUUUUAGGUUGUUAAUAUGGUCCAUGGCAAAUGAAAACUGAUGAAAUAUUAGUGAUUUUUAAAUUCUAAAUACUUAGAUAAUGAAUGAUUGGUUUAAAUGCUGGUUGUAUGUGCCAAUGUAGCAGUGGAUCUGUUUGAAGUACUCAUUUGUUAACUUCUUAAUCCAUAAAAAGGUUUUACAUCUAGUGUGCAACAUCAAUUUUGUUCCGUUUUAGUAAACGUAUUUACAUAGAAUUACAAAAACUUGUUGUUGCUCCAGAUGAGCUGUUUGUAUAUUUUAUUGAAUUUAUAUAAAAUAUUCAUCUAUUAAUUCAUACGAAACUAUAUGGAUACAGUAUUUAAAGCAUUUUGUUUUAUCUCUGAGGUUUUUGUAUUAAUAAGAUCAGUAAAUUAAGUCCACAGAUUAAUCAGGAGUAUUAUUUAUUUUUUCUGUAUAAAAUCUUAUUACUCUUUUCAUCAGCCUUUGAUAUAUAUAAAGAACUCUGUAAGAAAAAUUAAAAUAUAAACUUUUAUAUGUCAUUACAUGUUAUAUGAAUAUGUAAUAAUGUUUGCUUUCAAAUCUGUCAAGUAUAGAUGGAAUAAAAUCUGAUUGGAUUAAUAUUUCCUUUGUUUUGUUAUUUGAUUUUAGUAAGAUUUUUUCAAGCCAAUAACUUCUUAUUUCAUAAUUAUGUGAUCUAACAUAACGUUGCAAUAUUAAUUGUGAAGGAAAUAAUUGUUUUAAUUAGCCUGAUAAUAAUUAGACUCCCAUGUUCAGUAGUAUUAAGAAAUUUAUCAGUCCACAAAAAUCGCUACCAUAUGUUUUGGGGGAUUGAGAUUAAUUAAAAAAUGCAUCUUGUUUAUAGCUGGUGGAUACAGUGAGAGUAUUUAUAUGGGUAACCUUAUACAUAAAUGAAGUGAAACCAUUUACCUCAUGUGUACUAUUGGUACCAAGUCAUCUGUGGGUUUAGAACUCGCGCUGUAGAUACUUGUAACUUGUUUAUGCUAUAGAUCAUAAAUUUAAAAGUAACUAAAAACGAGUACAGGCAUGUUGAGUUGGGCUUCUUACUGUGGCUUACUGCAGGCAGUAAGCUCUAUCGUCAGAUACAUGUUUACUAGUAACGUGUUUUUAUUUGGCUAAAUGUUUAAACCUGAAGUAAUUCGUGUUUUCUAAUGCGCUCCUAAUUACCAUCAAAUCUUAAUUUCAGGAUGUAGGUUUAGGUGUUACAGAUCAGUCCAUAUAAAAAUGAAUUUCCAAUACUUUGAUACGGUCGUGCCUAUUCAAAGCUUUAGCUUGGCAAUAAUUCCCUCUUGUCUCCUGUAGGGCCCAAGUCACUAUUGUCUUUUUUUUAUAUUCUGAAAAUAUGUAGAGAUGUUUAAAUGUUUACAUAUGUAAAUAUAAUGAGAAUUUACUGCCUGCACAUCAGUGCAUUAGGGCGAACAAUCAAAGUUCAUGCUUAGUUUGGAAUGUUCUUAAAUUUAGACUUAAUUUGUGAUAAAUGUGUAAACUGUAAUGAUUGGUUCAAAACAAAAAUACACCAGGAGGAUUGGACAUUAUUCAUUUUAAAGGUAUAUUUUAAUAUGAUUGACUGUUGUAGACUGUAUUUGUAAGUGUACCCAUGUUUGUGUAUGACCCCAUGUGUACAGGAUAUUUAAGUUUUGGUAGCUUUACAAACAUUUUGCUGCCAUGCUUGGGAACUUUUUAUUUAUAACUGAGAAAUGUUUUCAAAAUGACAAAUAAAAUCAGGUAGAAUUCGA